UGUGGUCUACCCGCAUGCGCCCUUUAUCUUUUCAGCUUCUCUCUCUCUCUCUCAACAAAACUCACGAGCAUACACUUGAGUUCUUUAAUGCAGAAAAUAGUAUUUACACGGAAAAAAGUAAAAACACGCUCUACUAGUUAAUUCACUUUACCAUAUCACGCUACUCUUGGCUUCAACCCAUAUCAAAAAAGAAAAAAUAAAAUCCCAUUGUUUUUAUUAGUUGCAUAUGCGCGCAGUUAUGGUUCUUGUCACAUUCAUAUAGAUAUCUUCUUAUGCGUACUAGUCAUAAAGAUUGAGAUUUUAGUGGUUUCUUGAUGGAAGUGUAAAUGGGGUCACUUGAAAGCAGGUCGCCAUUCAAGAAAGACCACCAUUUGCAGGGUUCCUCAUCUGUUAGGUAUACUAGUACUAGUAGUAGCAGUAGCAGUAAUGUCUCUGGAUUUUGGGGUCAAAGGAACAGAUCAAGAUUUGCAAGAUUGGUGUUCUUCCGGAAGAUUAACUAUUUACAGCUGAUAUGCGCAGUCGCUGUUUUCUUCUUCUUUGUUUUCCUCAUCCAAAUGUCCUUGCCGGGCUCUGUGAUGGAUGAUGCAAGAAAAUUUGAUAAAACCCCCCAUUUAUUCAGGAAGAAUGGUGAAGGGAAUUUUGUGGACUUGUCAUUCUUGAAAGAGUUGGAUUUUGGUGAAGAUGUAAAUUUUGAACCUUCGAAAAUCUUGUCCAAGUUUCAAAAGGCUGCUAAAGAGGUCAAUCAAAAUGUCGGUUCAAGAGAGGUGAUUAGAUUUGGAUACAGGAAACCCAAGCUUGCAUUGGUUUUCGCAGAUCUGUGGGUUGAUCCACAUCAGAUACUAAUGGUUACUGUUGCUACUGCAUUGAGGGAGAUUGGCUAUGAAAUUGAGGUGUUCUCACUGGAAGAUGGUCCUGUACAUGCUAUUUGGAGAGAGGUAGGACUUCCUCUCAGUGUGAUCACAGCAGAUGAGAACAUGAAGUUCAGUGUAGAUUGGCUAAACUACAAUGGCAUACUAGUGAAUUGUCUCAAAGCGGUGGGUUUCUUAUCUAGUCUUAUGCAGGAACCUUUUAGAAAUGUACCCGUCAUAUGGACCAUCCAUGAACAAGUGCUUGCUUUGCGAUUGAGAGAAUAUGUUUCAAGUGGCCAAAUUGAGCUGGUCGAUAACUGGAGAAAAGUCUUCAGCCGAGCUACUGUUAUUGUCUUCCGAAACUAUAUUCUGCCGAUGGCAUAUUCAGCAUGUGAUCCUGGAAACUACUUUGUCAUCCCGGGUUCUCCUGCAGAAGCAUGGAAAGCUGAGAAUUUUUUGGCUUCUAAUGGAGAUAAUCUGCAUCUGAAGAUAGGCUAUGCACAAGAUGAUUUUGUUGUUGCAGUUGUGGGAAGUCAGAUAUUAUAUAGAGGUCUGUGGCUGGACCAUGCCUUUAUUUUACAGGCUUUACAUCCAGUGCUUAGAGACUUUAGCAGUUCAAGUUCUCGUCUUAAAAUCAUAAUCUUGGCUGGCCACUCCACAAGCAACUACAGUAGUGCCGUGGAGACCAUUGCAAGAACCUUGAAGUAUCCGAAUGAAACAAUCAAACAUGUUGCUGUUGAUGAUGCAGACACUGUUCUAAGUACAGCUGAUCUUGUGAUAUAUGGAUCCUUCCUGGAAGAGCAUACUUUUCCAGACACUUUGCUAAAAGCCUUGUGCUUUGGGAAGCCUAUAAUUGCCCCAGAUCUACCUGUGAUACGGAAAUAUGUUACUGACAGAGUGAAUGGAUAUCUUUUUCCAAAGGAGGAUAUUGGGGUUCUGACAGAAAUCAUGUCUCAAGUGGUCUCAAAUGGAAGACUCUCUCUUUCUGCGCAAGAUGCUGCCUCGAGUGGAAAACAUGCAGCUAAAAACCUAAUGGUGUCCGAAAGUGUUGAAGGAUAUGCUUUGCUGCUGGAAAACAUUCUCGCACUCCCGUCAGAAGUUUCUAUUUCUCAGGCUGCUAAACAGAUUCCUGUAGAGUUAAAAGCUGAAUGGCAGUGGCAUCAGUUUGAAGCUAUUAAAGAUGCCCAUUCUCCAUACGAAACUAGGAGGAUUGACAAAUUUUUAGACAAGGUCGAAAAGCAGUUCAAUCAUACCUUCAAGGAGAACCCUGUGGCCUCGUAUACGACAAAUGAUACAUUUUUGUACGACAUCUGGGAAGAGCAAAAAUAUGUUGACAUGGUUAACAUGAGAAAGAGAAGAGAGGAUGAAGAGUUAAAGGAUAGAACUGAUCACCCUCGAGGAAUAUGGGAUGAAGUAUAUAGAAAUUCAAGAAGGACCGACCGCACAUUGCAUGAAAGAGAUGAAGGAGAACUUGAAAGGACAGGUCAACCACUAUGUAUCUAUGAACCUUACUUCGGAGAAGGAACCUGGCCUUUUUUGCACCGAACCUCACUUUACAGAGGGAUUGGGCUGUCUACUAGAGGUCGACGACCUGGAGCUGAUGAUAUUGAUGCACCUUCUCGUCUUCCACUAUUAAGUAAUGCUUACUACCGAGAUGUCUUAGAAGAAUAUGGAGCCUUUUUUGCAAUUGCUAAUCGGAUCGACCGUAUACAUAAAAAUGCUUGGAUUGGAUUUCAGUCUUGGAGAGCUACGGCAAGGAUGAAAUCAUUUUCUAAGACUGCUGAAAGAUCAUUGUUGGAUGCUAUCGAAGCAAGACGACACGGUGACGCUCUUUACUUCUGGGCUGGUUUGGACAUGGACAUGAGAAACCAUUUGGUGCAGGACUUCUGGUCAUUCUGUGAUGCUAUAAAUGCUGGCAACUGCCAGUUUGCAUUCUCUGAGGCCCUAACAAAGAUGUAUGGCUUAAAACAUAAUUUGAGUUCUCUCCCUCCAAUGCCUUUACAUGAAGGCACUUGGUCUGUCAUGCAUUGCUGGGCUUUACCAACUAAGUCUUUCUUGGAGUUUGUUAUGUUCUCAAGAAUGUUUGUGGAUGCACUUGAUGCACAGUUCUAUGAUGAGCAUCAGAAAACGGGCCGUUGUUGUCUAAGUUUAUCCAAGGACAAGCAUUGCUACUCCCGCUUGCUGGAAUUGCUGAUAAAUGUAUGGGCAUACCAUAGUGCACGAAGAAUGGUAUACGUGGACCCAGAGACAGGAUACAUGCAAGAACAGCACGACCUGAAUGGUCGAAGAGGUCGAAUGUGGGUGAAAUGGUUCCAGUUCAGCACUCUUAAAAGCAUGGACGAGGACUUGGCUGAGGAGUUGGAUUCUGAACACCCCAAGAGACGGUGGCUCUGGCCAUCAACGGGGGAAGUUUUCUGGCAAGGUAUCUAUGAAAAGGAGAGGGAAUUGAGAAAUAAAGAGAAAGAAAGGAAAAGGCAACAAAGCAAAGAUAAAAUACAACGUAUGAGGAGACGAGCUCGACAGAAAGUCUUGGGAAAGUAUGUCAAGCCCGCAGAAGACUCCAAUUCAACUACUGUAAAGCUUCUGAGAUAAUGCUGGUCUUUGAGAUAUCAUCAUCACACAAACAACUAUUCACCUAAUUCUUUACUAAUUUUUUUCCCAAUUUCUAGGAUUGUAUAUUGUGUCCGAGAUCUUGUAUGUAGCUAUUGAGGUCCUUUGAAGUGUAUACCAAUUUUUUAACCUCUCGGGUUCUUUUUGUGAAUUGUAAAGAUAACAG